AUGGCGAUGAUAAGCUUACUUGAAGCCUUCAUAGCAUCCCUUUUCUUCCUUGUAUUCCUAUGUUUCUUCCUCCACAAGAAAUCUCACGGCGGUCCUAUUCUCAAGAGCUGGCCGUUCCUCGGGAUGCUUCCAGGGAUGCUCGUGCAACUCCCUCGUAUCUUCGACUGGACCGUCGAGGUUCUUGAGGCCACAAAUCUGACGUUUUCUUUCAAAGGGCCAUGGUUUAGUGGAACAGACUUGUUGUUCACGGCUGAUCCAAAGAAUAUCCAUCACAUUCAAAGCAAAAACUUUGGGAAUUACCCUAAAGGACCUGAGUUCAAGAAGAUCUUUGACGUCCUGGGAGAUGGAAUCUUAGCCGCUGAUCUAGAGUUGUGGGAGGAUCUGAGGAAGUCAAGUCACGCCUUAUUUCACCAUAAAGAUUUCGAGAAGCUCUCAGUGAGUAGCAAUACAACUAAGUUAAAGGAAGCUCUUGUUCCUUUUCUUGAUAAUGCUUCUGAGAAGAACAUUAUCAUUGACUUACAAGAUGUGUUGCAGAGAUUCAUGAUUGAUACUUCUUCGAUCCUGAUAACUAGCUAUGAUCCAAUGUCUCUAUCCAUUGAAAUGCCAGAAGUUAAAUUCAGUGAAGGUGCGGAACCCGGUGAAGAAGCGAUAUUCUAUAGGCAUUUUAGACCGGUGAUCUUCUGGAAGCUUCAAAACUGGAUUGGUGUUGGACUUGAGAGGAAGUUGAAAAAUGCUUUUUUCAAUUUCGAUCAAAUGUCUGAGAAGAUCGUAUCUUCAAGAAGAGAGGAGAUACGCCGCGGGAAAAGAGAGGCAUCAAUGGACGUGUUAACGUAUUAUAUGAAUGUUGACACGGCCAAGUAUAAGCACUUGCAACCAAGUAAUGAUAAGUUUAUAAGAGAUGUUGUUUUGAGUCUAUUGUUAGCAGGAAGAGACACCACAAGCUCAGCUCUCACUUGGUUCUUCUGGCUUCUCUCUAAGCAUCCUCAAGUUAUGACCAAGAUCCGACAUGAGAUCAAGACAAAGUUUGAUCCUACAGAUCUAGAGAAGCUCGUGUAUCUGCAUGCUGCCUUGAACGAAUCAAUGCGACUCUACCCACCAAUUCCCUUUAACCACAAGUCUCCUUCAAAGUCAGAUGUUCUUCCAAGCGGACACAAAGUUGAAGUAGAUGCAAAGAUUGUACUCUCUAUGUACGCAUUGGGGAGGAUGAGAUCGGUAUGGGGAGAAGACGCAUCGGAUUUCAAACCUGAGAGAUGGAUUUUAGAUAAUGGAAGUCUAAGACAUGAACCUUCAUACAAGUUCAUGGCUUUUAGUGCCGGUCCGAGAGCUUGUGUAGGUAAACAUUUGGCUCUCUUGCAGAUGAAGAUGAUAGCUGUGGAGGUCAUACAAAAUUAUGAUUUUAAGGUCGUCGAAGGUCACAAGAUCGAACCAGUACCUUCUGUCAUUCUCCGUAUGAAGCAUGGUCUUCUAGUCACAGUCGAUAAGAAUAUAUGA